AUGUUCCACAAUGUAGUUGAGGCGGUAGAACAUCCUGUGUUAGAGAGUGAAGAAGAUGUGGUUGCUUCUCAACGCACGAAGAAAAACGGGUGCCGUAUCAGUACAAUGGUCCUUAUUGCUGUGGUGAUGAGUUUUGGUGUAUUAAUAGUUGGAUUAAUUGGUUUUCUUCCCAUGUAUUUUGUUGGUUUUCAUGCUGCAGGUCGUGCAACGCGCUUGAUUCGGACUCAAGCAAUCAACGGAUUGUUAACUACAACCAAUAAUUCUCUUUUGCAAUUACCAAAUCUUAUCAACUGUGUGUCAUCAAAUUAUAUUAUUGCUGAAUGGAACAACAACACCUUCUUCCCAGAAAAUAAGACAAAACUCUUGUUUGCCUUGGCAAAUAUUUUGUCGAAAGAGAUAUACCGUGAUAUUAUUAGCUAUUUUUUGGUUGUAUCGGCCGAACCACCUAAUAAGGAGUGGGGUGUACUCGUAGCUGCAUACUUUGGAGAGGGUACAAUUGGUGGUGCUGUAUUAGACGGAAUGAGACCAGCACCUAUUUAUCAAAUUAACCCAGUGACAGUAGACUAUAGUGUUCCUUUGCAAACUCUUGCAUCAUACAACAUGAGUUUAUAUUCAACUCUAACUAGGAGUGAUGGUCCUUAUAUGUCUAUUGUAUUACCAUGGAAUGAGAGUAGAUCUCAUGGCGUUCCUUGGAGAAAACGUUGGUUUAGUGAGGGAAUUAACUUUUCAUCCAUGUAUUUUGAUUAUGUUGUGCCCUUCGGAGCAGAGAAUCACUUGGGAUUUUGGGAAGUUGCUAUGCUAACAGCAGCCUUUGACAAGGGUACAGUGAGACUGCUCUGGAGGGCACUGCGCGAGAAUGGACGUGCCAUGGUAAUUGAUCCUAUAAAGGAUAUUGUUGUGUCCAAUAAUUGGAUGCAACCUUCUAUAACCCGAGAGAACAUUAAUGGCAAGAAUGUUGUAACUCCACUCAAAAUAAACGAUGUUAACGAUUCUUUAAUGAUGAUGACACUCAACAAAGUACGGUCUAGAGGUGGUUUUACAGAAUUUAUGAAAAAUCGUAGAAGAAAAGAAUUUCGUUUUUCCUACCAAGGCGAUUCUGCACACACUAUAGUUGUGCGAUUUGUCGAUGUCCUUGGCCUUGAUCUUUUACUAUGUAUCACUACUCUUCAAGGUGACUUUUUCCGUGAAGUCUUUUUGGCACGUACAAUUGUUGCCACUAUUACAGCUCUUUCAGUUUUAUUGGUAGCUCUCUUUGCCGCGGUGAUUGCAUAUUUCACGAUAAAACCAUUACGAAGACUUGUGCCUGCACUUGAAAGAGCCUCAAACCUCCAACUUCGCGGUGAUGAUGAUGAUGAGGGGGGUUACACUGGUAAUGAUGGUAGUGUCUUGGUAAAGUCACGUAUUGCCGAGGUGCAAGAGGUUCAAGAUGGUUAUGCAGAACUUACCCGACAACUUCGUAUGGUUAAAUCAUUCGUCCCAGAGGCUAUUCUUGCUGCACCAACUGGCAUCAGUGAUCGUGUGUCACAUAAAAGACGGCGUGAAUCUCCAAAGAAAACUCAUGUACAAUCGGCAAAAUCCCAAUCAGGUGUAACACGUGAGACUGAAAUAAUUGAACAAAAUAGACUUUUUAGAUUUCGACAAGAUAUGCGUCUUAAUAGUAGUAUCUUCAAGGAACGAACUAAUAAAUUCGUCAGACGAUACUGUACAAUGGUACUUAUUGAAGAUACCCAACCUUCUUCACUUGAUACAUACUUUCAUAAUAUUCUUGCAUGCGCUGCAGAACUUAAUGGCUGCGUUGAGUACAUGCGACCUGAUGGAACAUUUGUAAGUUUUGGUGCACAUUCACCACUUCCUUUGCAUUCCAUUAAAGGAUGUCGAUUCGCCUUUGCCCUCUUUGACAGACUUACACCUCAAGAAAAAGAGACUAUUACAAUCCUUGUUGAUUCAGAUGAGUUUUUGGUGGGGACUUAUGGUGCACAUUCGAGAAACGCUCGUGUUGUAGUUGGAUUAGCACGAUUACGUGAGUUGACCAAAGUUGCAAAUAGAUUGGGAUGUCGAAUUGCAGCAACUGCUGGAACCGCUUCACAGUUACAGGAGAACCAGGUGUUUCCUGUUGAUUGUGUGAUGUUAUCAUCAUCAACGAUUCCUGUGGUAAUUUCAGAGUUAAGACCACAAUCCUCAUCUCAAAAUACAAUUAGGACAUCAAAACAUUUUCGACUUGGUUUAGCAGCGAUGCGUAGAGGAUCUUAUAAGGAGGCAAUUACACACUAUCAACGAAUAGGAAAUUCUGACCCUCAAGCCCAAAGACUUAUUAAAAUAUGUGAGCAACGAUGUUAUCAAAAUGAUUCAAGAAGUUACGUUCUUGUUUCCAAAGAACUAUUGAAAAAUAGUAUACUUGAUGUUACCAUCCCUACAAUAGAUGCGUUAGCAGCAGAAACUGCUGCACCAUCUAACAGGAAUGAUUAUACUGGUACACUUCAAAAACAUUGCGGAACACCUGCUACACUUCUUCAGAAUAACGCAGAGUCAGGCGCUGGUUCUGGUUGUAACGACGAUCCACUUUUUGAGAUGUAUAAGCUCUCUACAAAGUCUUCUGAAUCUAUUGAAUCUCUUGCCGAUGGUUGUAAUGGAGCAGAUGAUGUGCCUAUUUCCUUGACAGAUAUGAACCAUAAAGUGUGGAUUCGUUCACUGAAAAAGAUCAGUGAGGGUGCUUUUAGUACCGUUUUCCUUGGUAUGUCAGAAGAUGGCGUUCAGGUAGCGAUCAAGUGUAUCCCACGUCGGCGUCGUGAUAUCAUGCAAGAGUCUCUGGAGGCUGAGAUGAAUGUUGCGUCUAAGCUGCGCCACCCUAACAUUGUUCAAUAUGUUUCAUGCAGUGUGGUUCAAUCACACCUUGCUAUUAUAAUGGAGUACGUUCCUGGUGGUUCCUUGCACACAGUAAUAAAAAACUUUGGACGAGUGACUCCACUUGUUGCUCGACGAUUUACUGUAGAUAUUCUAAAUGGUCUAAACUACCUACAUGGGCUUGGGAUAGUGCACUGUGAUGUGAAGCCGCACAACGUGCUGCUUGGGAUGGAUGGUGUGUGCAAGCUGUCGGACUUUGGCUCGACCAUCUCCGAGGCGGCCGACAUGGCCCGCACUGCCGUUGAUGAGAUGACGCUGCGAGGGACGGCGCUCUACAUGGCCCCGGAGGUCGCCCGCGGCGGCCGCUGCACCCCGCAGUCCGACAUCUUUUCGCUCGGCAUUUCGCUGCUAGAGAUGCUGCUGGGGCGGCUGCCAUGGCGCUGGAGCAGCACCGCCCCGGAGGGAAGUGACGCGGCCGCCCUGCACACACUACUCCACCGCGAUACUCUCUUUGUGCAGAACCUCUCACGCGGUUAUCUGGAGCCUGAAGUGCCCGACUCACUGGACCGUGAAGUCGCCCUCUUUGUACGCGCUUGCUGCAACCCAGAUCCCUCCAUGAGGCCAUCUGCACUAGGACUCCUCUCAUAUGCUUUUAUACUUUAA